CUAUCGUCCAACUUCACCAGCAGCAGCAGGAAGAGCAUCAACAGUACAGUGUGCAAUUCAAAUUAUUAUUUCGAGAGACAUCACUCUCUGUACGUGCAAUUCUUUUAACCGGAGCGUAUCCCUACGCAUCCUUCUCUUUUCAUCUCUUUUGAAUGAAGAUCAAACAUGGUUACGGCCGCAACAGCUCUAUUCACGCUUUCUAUCGUAUAUUACGCGCUCUUGGGAACGGUUAACACGGCGCCAAAAAAAAUUGAUGAAGAUGAAAUUUUCGAAGAUUACCUUGAAGAUUAUUACCAAGACUUGAAUAACAACGCAUUAGAAGACGUUUCUAAUAAAAAAUCAUGCCCCGAUGGAUAUAAAUCCAAAAACGGAAUCAAUUGUAUACCAAUUUGCACGUAUGGAUGUGAAAAUGGAAAAUGUACAUCUCCGGAUGUUUGCGAAUGUGAAUUAGGGUACGAGUUCGUGCUUAAUAAAUGUGUGCCAAUUUGCACGAAACCUUGUAAGUACGGCUUUUGUAGCACACCGGGUGUUUGCUCGUGUUUUUUCGGAACGAUUUGGAAUGAAAAAUUAUCAAGUUGCGUAUUUAACAUUGAAACUAGGCAUAAACGAGGGUUUGUUGGAUCCGAAUUACUGUUGUUGCAACCUUGGACCACAAAACAAUCUUCAACGACGAAGAAACCGGUGAAAAAAUCGACUUUAAGAAAAACUUUAAAAGUGAAGCCAGGAGACAACAUGUAUUCGUUAAAUAAUAUUGCAAUUUUAGUCUUUUUGUCGAUUUUUGGUACGAUUUCGAUCGUUUCUGGUGCAGAAAAUGUAACGAAAAAAGAACCCGGAGUUUGUUAUCUUGAAGUGCCAACCAUCGACUUGUUAAGUGACGAUCAAAAGUUGAAUCAAGACUAUUUAAAAGGAAAUGGAUCUCGACCUGGAUACACAAAAAUCCAAAUUUGUUGUAUUGGUUAUAAAUUGCAAGAUCACACAGCUUUCCACUGUGUUCCUGAUUGCCCGGAUGGUUGCCUAAAUGGUAAUUGCACAUCUCCUGGAGUUUGCGAAUGCCGCAAAGGAUUCGUACUCGGUCCAAAAGGGACAUGUGUUGAAGUUUGUCCUAAAGGGUGUUACAACGGCGUUUGUGUUGCUAAUGGUACUUGUAAUUGUAAUCCAGGAUAUAGUCUUGAUCCCAAACAUCUUUUCUGCAUCCCACAAUGUGCAAAUGGAUGUGGUUCUGGUGGUGAAUGUGUUGCACCAAAUAAAUGCGAAUGCCAAAAAGGGUUUUAUCAAAACAAAAAUGGAAAAUGCGAAUUUUUCUGUGAUGGUGGUUGUUCCGGAGGGGAAUGUAUAGGACCAAAUCAAUGUUCUUGUAAAACCGGUUUCGAAAAACUCAACGGAGCUUGCGCUCCAAAAUGUACGAAAGGUUGCAAAAACGGAGAUUGUAUUUCUCCCGACGUUUGUAGAUGUAAAUCAGGUUGGAAAUUGGAUAAAUCAGGAUCGAUUUGUGAAGCCACCUGCGAUCAACCAUGUUUAAAUGGAGUGUGUUCAGGUCCUAAUGAGUGUAGUUGUAAUUCUGGGUACACCAAAGAUCCCAAAGAACCCAAAGGCUACAGAUGCGUCGCUUAUUGUCCGGAAGGUUGCCCAAAUGGAGUUUGCUCAUCUCCAAAUUUCUGCAUUUGCAAUCCCGGGUAUAUUAAACAAGGGAAAGGAAGCAAUAUUUGCAUCAAAAGAACCAGAAGGCAUUCGUUCCAUCCCGAAUUAAUCCCAGAACAGAUGUUUUAUGUUAAAUCAACCUCCUUCAACAUGAAAUACACAAUUUUAAUUUUUUUCUUCGGAUCUCUUAUAUCCGUUAACUCUCUAAGUGGAAAAGGUGUUUGCAAAUUUGAAGUACCAACGAUCCAAUUAAUAAGUCAAGAACAAAAACAUCUUGUUGAUUCUUUUAAAGGAAAUGGGUCAACACCUAGUCACAGUACCAUCGAGGUUUGUUGUUCCGGUUAUAAACUCGACUGUAACUCUCAAAGAUGUCUACCAGAAUGUGCCCAAGGUUGUGAAAAUGGAGAAUGUACAGCGCCGAAUACUUGCACCUGCAAACAUGGUUUCAUAAAAGGCCCCAAAGAUAAAUGUAUCAGAGUGUGCCCUUGGGGUUGUUUAAACGGAGUCUGCGCAAACGAUGGUCGCUGUUCUUGUAAUUCCGGUUACACAAUGCAUAUAAAUGGAAUGUAUUGUUUACCAACUUGUAUUGGGGGAUGUGGUAAAGGAGGAGAAUGCGUCGCACCAAAUCAAUGUCAAUGUUUAAAUGGUUAUUACAAAGAUUACCAAGGAAAAUGUAUUCCAUCAUUGUCUCAAUAUCAACCUCAUCAACAACAAAUUUAUAAUCAAACCAAUCAAAUGAAUCCGAAUACUCAAAAUCGAUCCUGUCAAGGAGGUCAUCAACUGAUUAAUGGUGAAUGCAAACCGAUUUGUAGCAAAGGAUGUCAAAAUGGAGUCUGUUUAGCACCGGAAAGAUGUAGUUGUAACCCCGGAUGGAUUUUAGAUCUAUCCGGAAGUAUUUGUACUCCACAUUGUAACCCAGCCUGUAUUAAUGGAGAUUGCACGGGAGCUAAUCAAUGUUCUUGUAAGAAUGGGUACAUUAAUGACCCAACAAGAUCCUACAUGUGUAUAGCGCAUUGCCCUGGAGGUUGUCCUAAUGGGGUUUGUUCCGGCCCGAAUUUCUGCAUUUGUAAACCUGGAUACGUCAAAAGGGGACGAGGAUCUAACGAAUGCGUUCCUGGUUAUUCCGGAUAAAACGUAAAUUGGGUUGCAUAAAUUUGACUAUUUUGUAAUUUCAUGGAAACAAUUUUAUUAUUAAACAUAAAUAAAUCUUUCAAAAUAA